CUGGGCUCCGCUGCCGGAGGGGGACGCAGGGAGGCCCGUGGGCAGGUGCUGAACAGACGUGGGCUCGCGUCAGUCGCUGCUCUUUGCAGCAGGAGCUCCGGGUGUCUGUUAAUGGAGUGAGUGUCCUUGUCUGGCGCGUGUGCCGCGGCGGGGCAGUGUCGAAGUUAGUCGGCAUGGUGACAGUCCUAACAUUAUGCUUUGAGACCGUGAGCAUGGACUUCUCUCGGCUCCACAUGUACACUCCUCCCCAGUGUGUGCCCGAGAACACUGGCUACACGUAUGCACUCAGUUCAAGUUAUUCUUCUGAUGCUCUGGAUUUCGAGACUGAACACAAGUUGGAUCCUGUAUUUGAUUCUCCAAGAAUGUCCCGCCGCAGUCUGCGCCUGGUCACCACAGCCCGCGCUGCCGGGGACGGCGCCGCUGGGGACAGCGCGGCCAGACUAGCCAAACAGCGCAGCAGCACACACAAGUCGGCAUUUAGUGUCCACCCCAGCUCGAGGAAGGUCCUGUCCUUGGCUGUCAGCCAUGGCGGCUCAGGCACCGUGCAGGCCGCAGCCUGUCCACGGCCUCCCGUGCUGGAUGAGUCUCUGAUCCGUGAGCAGACCAAAGUGGACCACUUCUGGGCUCAACAGCAAAAAAAUGUGUGUUUUUUAGGUCUUGAUGAUGAUGGAGAUCUUAAAGGUGGGAAUAAAGCUGCCACUCAGGGAAACGGGGAGGCGGCCGCGGGGGCCGCGGAGGCGGCCGGGAGCAACGGCUACACCUGCAGCGACUGCAGCCUCCUCUCCGAGCGCAGGGGCUUGCUCACCGCCUGCUCUGCAGCACGCGGCCCGGCCUCCUGGGUCUACUCCAGGGACAGGAGUCAGAAACCAGGCCACGCCGCCCGCCGGGGGGAUGGCACCUGGUCGCUGGCCGCGUGCACCUCAGCAUCCUGUGCCUCGUUCUUAGUGCAACUUUUCCAAGUGGUUUUAAUGAAGCUCAAUUAUGAAUCAGAAAAUUACAAAUUGAAAAGUUAUGAAUCCAAAGAUCGUGAAUCAAAAAGCUAUGAGUCAGAAAGCCAUGAAUCAAAAGCUCAUUCCCGUCACUGUGGGAGGAUGGACGCAAGAGCGCCCCUCGCCGAGGACGGCCACCUCCGUGCAAAUGGGGCGUCGCUGUGCGACGACUGUAAGGGGAGGAAGCGCCUGGAAACGCACGUCACCACCCGCUCGCAGCUCUUGCGGCCAGGAGGGCUGGCAGGGACCCUGGGGCUCGCCUUGUCCCGCGCAGGGAAGGCAGCGUCUGAGGUGUUCUGGUGGCUUGGGAUUGGAUGGUACCAGUUUGUCACUUGGAUCUCUUGGCUGAAUGUGUUUCUUCUUACAAGGUGCCUUCGAAAUAUUUGCAAGUUUUUAAUCUUGAUCAUUCCAUUAUUACUUUUACUAGGUGCAGCUGUUUCACUGUGGGGCCAGGGUGACGUCUUUUCGCUCCUGCCUGUGCUAAACUGGACACAAAGCCACAGAGUGCAGAGGGUGGAUGACCCCAGGACCACUUUCACACCCGCUGCCUCCCCCCCCAGCCAGCCUCUGCAGGUUGGUGAUGAGGCCUUCCACUGGCGUCGGGUGAGUGAGAUGGAGAGGCAGAUGGCCACACUGUCGGGACAGUGUCACAGUCACGAUGAGAAGCUUGGACAGCUGGCGGCUUUGCUCCAGAAGCUGCAAGCUCGGGCGGACCGGGCGGAAGGCAGCAGUGAGGGGGGGUCACCCCCGACGAACUAUGUGACACUUCACCAAGAGCAUGAAUUGCGCAUCUCCAGCCUGGAAGAUGUACUUGGAGAACUGACAGAAAGAUCUGAGGCCAUCCAGAAGGAGCUAGAGCAGGCCAGGCUAAGAACAGUCAGCGGGGCUGGUGAGGAGCAGCGCCUGCUUGCCUUGGUUGGGCGUCUGGAGCAGGAGCUGGGGCACCUGAAAGCAGACUUGUCCAGCUGGCAGCAUGGGCAAGCCAGCUGUGAGAAGGUGGAGGCCAUCCAUGAAAAGGUGGAUGUCCAAAUCAGAGAGGCGCUCAGACUCAUGUUCUCUGGAGAUGAGCACGAUGCUUCUGUCAACUGGCUGCUCCGGAAGCUGUCUGAUCAGUUUGUGAGCAAGGAUGACAUGCAGGUUUUGCUACGAGAUUUAGAGCUGCAGAUCUUGAGGAACAUCACGCACCACAUUUCUGUAACAGGAGAGAUGCCGACCUCCGAAACUGUAGUGUCUGCUGUGAGAGGAGCAGGCGUUUCGGGAAUAACAGAAGCGCAAGCACGGGUCAUCGUGAACAAUGCCCUGAAGCUGUACUCCCAGGACAAGACAGGCAUGGUGGACUUCGCCCUGGAAUCCGGGGGGGGGAGCGUCUUGAGUACCCGCUGCUCCGAGACGUACGAGACCAAGACCGCACUCCUCAGCCUGUUCGGCGUGCCGCUCUGGUACUUCUCCCAGUCGCCCCGUGUGGCCAUCCAGCCUGACAUCUACCCAGGGAACUGCUGGGCGUUCAAAGGCUCCCAGGGGUAUCUGGUGGUGAGGCUGUCAAUGACGAUCCGCCCGACCGCCUUCACCCUGGAGCACAUACCGAAAGCGCUGUCGCCCACGGGCAGCAUCACCAGCGCCCCCAAGGACUUCGCGGUUUUUGGGUUAGAGAACGAGUAUCAGGAAGAAGGGCAGCUCCUGGGACAGUUCACCUACGAUCAGGAAGGGGAGUCUCUCCAGAUGUUCGUGGCCCUGAAAAAACCGGAAAGAGCUUUCCAAAUAGUGGAACUGCGGAUUUUUUCUAACUGGGGCCAUCCUGAAUACACGUGUCUUUACCGGUUCAGAGUUCAUGGAGAGCCUGUCAAGUAAAGAGAUGAGUCACUAUCCUUGUACAUUUUGUAUAUACUGGACAGCCUGGAACACUGGACUCCUUCAUGGACUCGGGCAUAGAGAGUGCAGCAUUAAUUCACCCCUGAAGUAAACGUACCAGCUGCCAGCAGGACACAGGGUACAAGUGAUGAAUGCUGACCAGCUGCAUAUACCCAGCUUGCUAUUCUGUCCCCAGGAAACACUGCAUGUUGACUGCUUGGGCUCAGAGACCUGCCAGCUGCAGGUGGUCUCUGGAAAUUCAUUUGAAUGUAUGGUUCACACAGACACUUAUUUUUUGGGGGUGGGGGGAUUUGAUUUUGAACAUAAAGCUAUUUGCUUGACAUCAGGAACAAAGCAAAGAAAGUAAGUUUGGAGUGUUCUUGGAACCUUGACAGCAGCCUUCACCAGCCCCUUGGAAGGGCCUUUGGGAGCAGAUGUGUGUUCGCCCAGCACACACCUCUCAGGGAAGAGCGGCGUCACCACAGCUGAGAGCUGAACCCCCUCCCUUUAGGGCGAGACACUCCUCUGUUGGCAAAAGUGGCUCUUUAGUAUCACCAGGUGCGGAAGUAAUGGAAAUGGAUUUCCUGCUUCGUGUGUCCCAUCAUCCAUUCAGGAACCCUGGAGAGUUUCCCUGUGUUGCGCAUUUGAAGUGUGUCUGAUUCGAGAGGGGAUGGUCUGGAUCUACACAGACAUGUAAAUAGAGUUCUCAGGUCUCCACUGGGCUCAUCCCAUCGGAUUCUCCCUACAGUUUCACUUCACACUAUGAAUAGGAACCAAGAAAUCCAAUCUUUUGGAUAUUUUCAGGUUUUGUUUUGAAUUUUGCUGAAAAGCAAACAAACACUAACAUGCUCUUUCAGAGGCUUAUGUUUUUAUUCCACUUACGGUUAUUAAAGAAGAUUGUCCCAUGUGGCAAAUUCAUGACACCAGGACAUUUGGUGAUGUUUUUCUUACAGCAGCACUUUGUACUGGCUCUGGUUGGAUUCGCCUUUUAUUACGACUUGGCCAUUCUCUUUGUUUUGGUUAUAAUUAAUAUUUAAUAUUUAGGCUAUUUUACUGAGCAGACUUUGUAAAUGAGGUAUCUGCAAGGCACUUAAAGUUACAGAUGUUUUACCUUAAAAAUUAUUUAAGUUUUUUUGGGUUAAGACAGUUUUUUGGUGUACCAUAAAUGUUGUAUUUUCAGAAAAAGACAAAAUGAUGGUGCUGACUGGUUUUCUGAAGAGUUUUAUGUAUAUUGCACAACAGUCCUCAAAUAUACAAAAACUACAUAAACUAGCAUUUUUUUUUUCACUCUUGUUAGAAUUGAAACUAAUGCCUAUGUAGUUAAGCUGGAUAAAAUAUAUACAUAUGUUUCAUAUAUUACAGGAUAAAUAUAUAAAUCAAAAUUUCCUAUAAAGCUAAAUUUGGGAGAUGGGGUGGAAAUAUUUUGAAUAUUUAUUUUUAAAGAUGCAAGACAGGACUUUGUGCAAUGUAUUUUUGUAAAUGCUUUUCAACAUAUUUGUCUUUGGUAGAGCUUCUUUGCUGCCACCAAAUUGGUAAGACGCUACCGAAAUGUUUAAAUAAAGAGUUUUAAUUUUUAAAAGUGCA